AUGACUUUGACCCCUCCCACCAGGUACCCCCCGCCUCCCAAACAGCUGGACUUCAGACGAAUCGGCUUCCUGCUGCUGCAGAAGCCCCGCCCCCUUCCCCACCCCCCCGACGACCCCCCCGAGGCCGUCUCCAUGACGACCACAGAGCAAAUCAGACGCCACUAUCGGACGCUGGUCGGCCUGCGGAAGAAGGGAAGAAGAAGAAGAGUAAGAGCUCCGCCCCCGAACCCUGGAGGCCCCGCCCACUCGGAGGGCGAUGAUGUCAUGGUCGUCUCUGAGUCUUCGCCGAGCUCGGCAGGAAGUGACGACGUCGAGGGGGCGGAGUCAGAGAGGGAACAGGAAGUGAGGCUGUCGCCUUCGAGAGCAGCAGAAGAAGGAGAAGAAGAAGAGUCGGUCCUCCGGCUGAAGGACCCAUCAGAUAACGAAGAGGACCAGUCUGAGGAGGCCCAGGAUUAUCUGCUCAGAGUAUGUGAUGCGGUCCAGGUGUCCCCGGGGGUCCAGGACCAGCUGCUCCAGGUCCUGGACCAGGUCUCUCGGCGCCGUAACCAUGGUAACGUGGCGGCCGAACGUCUGUACGCCGCGCUGCGCCGCGUUCUGCAGCCGUGGCCGCAACUACUGAGAGACUUCUCCGCCUUCCUGGACCGGGACCAGGCUCAGCGCUGUGGACUGCUGACGGAGCAGCAGCAGUUUGAACGCAGCCGGCGGUUUCUACGGCGACUAGGGCGGAGCCUGGGGGGUGACUCCGCCCCCUACCAACAGGUGGUGUCGGCGCUGCAGCGAGGCUCCGCCCCCCCGCCUGAGGAACUGCACCAGAUCUCGUCUCUGCUCGGACGCCACUCCGACCUGCAGAAGGAAUUCUGGGAGUUCUUCCAGCAGCCGUCGCCCGCGACAACCAACCACCACGCAGAGACGGACUACGCGUCCCAGAAUCCCCCUGACGGGAACAGGAAGAGAGGCGAGCAGACAGGAAGUGACGGAGAGAGAGAGGAAGAGGAAGAGGCGGAGUCAGAGCGGCCGGUUGGAGCCAAAAACAUCUCGAUGACAUCAUCGGGAGAGAAAGUGGUCGUCUGGACCCGGGAGGCGGACCGAACCAUCCUGACUUCCUGUCAGCAGCGAGGAGCCAAUCGGAAGACGUUUCGCCAAAUCUCCGCCCAGCUGGGGAACAAGACUGCCCAACAGGUGAGAGGGGGCGGGGCUUAA